CGAAGCGCUUAGUUGUCUCGGAAGAAAGGAUUUUAAGACAUUGUUUAGGACGAAACUUGAAUGAGUGAAGGGAAAAGAAUGUGGCAAGUGCAGUGAGCAUAUGUGUGUGUGUCCAGUGCCGCUCGAGCUGCUGCACCUGUCCCUCUCCGUCUCCCGCGCCCAAACUCGGUAGGCAGGCAGACAGAGUCGCGCGGAAGGCGGGCGUUAUCAAGUCAGCGGCGCACAACACGAUCGGCCCGAACAUGACUUCGUCUUACAAUCUGGAUUUUCUCCCCGAAAUGAUGGUGGAUGGAAGAUUGUUGGGCACCGGAGAGAGGAUUAACGGUACAGCUGGGAAGAUGAAUGGCGCCCUGGAACACUCGGACCAGCCCGAUCCAGACGCCAUAAAGAUGUUCGUGGGACAGAUCCCACGCUCCUGGUCCGAGAAAGAGUUGAAGGAGUUGUUCGAGCCGUACGGAGCCGUUUACCAGAUCAACAUACUGCGAGAUCGCAGCCAGAACCCACCACAGAGUAAAGGGUGCUGUUUUGUCACAUUCUACACGCGGAAAGCUGCCCUGGAGGCCCAGAAUGCACUGCACAACAUAAAGACCUUAACUGGGAUGCACCAUCCCAUACAGAUGAAGCCCGCAGACAGUGAGAAAUCAAAUGCGGUGGAGGACAGAAAGCUGUUCAUCGGCAUGGUGUCCAAGAAGUGCAACGAGAACGACAUCCGGGUCAUGUUCUCUGCCUUCGGACAGAUCGAGGAGUGCCGUAUCCUGAGGGGACCAGACGGACUCAGCCGAGGAUGUGCGUUUGUCACGUUUUCUACCAGGGCUAUGGCACAGAAUGCAAUCAAAGCCAUGCAUCAGUCUCAAACCAUGGAGGGCUGCUCCUCCCCAAUGGUGGUGAAGUUUGCAGACACACAGAAGGAUAAGGAACAACGGCGGCUCCAGCAGCAGUUGGCACAGCAGAUGCAGCAGUUGAACAGCGCGUCUGCAUGGGGCAGUCUCACUGGGCUGACCGGCCUCACCCCACAGUAUCUGGCAGUAAGAGGACACACCCACGCAGCCACGCCCACCAGCAGCACAGCCAGCGCGGCCGCCGCAUUGCUCCAACAAGCGACCACCUCCAGUAACCUAGGAGCGUUCAGUGGUAUUCAACAAAUGGCAGGUAUGAAUGCUCUGCAGUUGCAGAAUCUUGCCACUCUAGCAGCAGCAGCGGCUGCAGCACAGAGCUCGGCCAGCCCGUCCACCGCUAGUGCCCUGACCUCCAGCACAGGGUCCCUGGGAGCCCUGGCCAGCCCAGCAGGUUCCACGGCUAACUCUAGCAUGGGUGCGAUGGGUUCCAUGGGUUCCAUGGGUUCCAUGGGUUCCCUGGGUUCUCUGGGCACACUGCAGGGUCUGGCCGGGGCCACCGUUGGCCUCAAUAACAUAAAUGCACUAGCAGGUAGCGUCAACAUUGCUCACAUGCUCUCAGGUAUGGCGGCUCUGAACGGCGGGCUGGGCAGCACGGGCCUGAGUAACGGGUCGGCCGGGCCCAUGGACGCUCUCACACAGGCCUACUCAGGGAUCCAACAGUACGCGGCCGCCGCCCUGCCCACCCUCUACAGCCAGUCCUUACUGCAGCAACAGAGCGCUGCGGGAAGCCAGAAAGAGGGACCUGAAGGGGCCAAUCUGUUCAUCUACCACCUGCCACAGGAGUUCGGGGACCAGGACAUCCUACAGAUGUUCAUGCCUUUUGGAAAUGUGGUGUCUGCCAAAGUCUUUAUCGACAAACAGACCAAUCUGAGCAAGUGCUUUGGUUUCGUCAGUUAUGACAAUCCAGUAUCAGCACAGGCUGCCAUUCAGGCGAUGAACGGGUUUCAGAUCGGCAUGAAGCGCCUCAAAGUCCAGCUCAAGCGCUCAAAGAACGACAGCAAACCGUACUGAUCUUAGCACUAGGGCCUCUCUCAUGUUACACUGCUAGGAACUCAUCUCCAUGACUCUAUGCUCAUCGUUUGCCUAGCAUGUCUACGUGGCGUACAAAAAAAGUCUCAUCGUCCCGUCAUUGUUUCUGAUGUCUUUCUGAGUUCUCCUGAUCAUAACCUGGUCUCCUUCUACUGAUCUCUGAACUUUGAUCUUAGCCUGAUCUUUUUGGAAAUUUUUCGCAUGUGACCUCAUUUUGAGCUUUUGUUUUUGUUUUUCUGAUUAACUGGUGAGGGAGGGAAUGGAGGGAGGAAAGAGAAAAAAAGUAUAAUAAUAAUGUGAAAACGCUGCAUUCACUCUUUAGAGACAGAAUAUAUUUACUAACAUAACCAGAGCAUCAUUUUAAGAAAACAGAAAAAAAACACGUUAAAAAAUCCUGUGGCGACACAAUUACGAAUAUUUGCUUUUGAUUUUUUUGUUUUGUUUUUCAUUUGUCAGAUUAUGAUUUCUCUCUUUAUGUUGUUUUCUUUUUCAUUCAUUUAAAGUAAACUUGAACGCUUAAUACAGGGAUUGGCGUCGGGACUUACUGUCGGCAACACUCUUCAUUUGAGGCCUGCCGUAAGAAACCUACGCCGGUUUCUGAACAAAAUAGACUACUUCCACACAGUUUUAAUAAAAAAAACUGUCUGAUCGAUAUUAGAAUCUCUCUGGUUUUUACAUUUUUCAGGCAGUGUAAAGUUUUUUAAGGGCCAUUUUAAGUGGCUUGAUUUCUCAUUAAAGUCUAUAUAAAACCACUUUUUUCUAGAGUAGUAAAGGUAUUAAAAAAAGAAAAACGAAUAAAAAAACAAGGUUGCCCUGUUUGGGGGGAAAUGCUACCUACGUGUCACACCUUUUGCUGAACUGACUUACAGUUAGACAAUCCGUGGUUUAAAUGCACAUGAAAUGACCUAUAUUUUAUACUGUUUAAAUGUAUAGAGGAAAAAACAGAGUUUGUGUAACCCGCGGUCCCGUCGGUGCUUUUCGUGGAUAAAGUCGUGGUUUCAUCAAGUCUAACAGUCUUAUUUGUCUCAUGUUUUUAAAGAGAAGACUAAAAAUCAAUUUACUUGAACAAUAGACAAAGCCUUUCAUAUUACUAUUACUACUACGGUUUUUGUUUUUGUUCGUUUUGUUUCUUCCUGUUUUUCUUUUCUUUGUUUUGGUUUCGAUAGGAGUCCCUCUUUGCUAAAUUUCUUGUUGGGUAAUUAGCUAUAUAAAAAUUCUUAAGAGUUACAGUGUCGGCUUGUGAAGCAUCUGUGUCAUUAUAUUAUUUCAUUUCUAUUGUGGGAAACAAUAUUUAGAUGUGUUAUGUUGUUCAGCAAAAUGUGAUUUUUUUUUCUUAUAAAGAGUGGAAUUUAGUGCCAAAUUCUGACGGUACAUCCUGCCUACAGCUUCAGUGUUUUACUUGUGAAAUUAUUUGAUAACAUGGGUAUUUUAUUACGUAAGUGUUUUGUAUGGAACCCUCAUAUUUAAAGAUAUAGAUUUAAAAAAGGUUGUUAACUUGCUCUUCUGUGGUCUUGUUGCCUGAAACUGUUCAUGUUUUUUGCUUUUCUUAUUUUCUUUGUAAAGAUGUAAAAAGUGCCCAUGUGUCAUAAUCUCUCUCACAAGCGCACAGACACACACACGCACACACACGCGUUCACAAGUGAGCACAUAUGCACACACAUGCACGCAUACACACACCUGUGCUAAAGGUUGACCUCACAACCCUCUUUUCUUUGACGGUGUGUGUAUGUGAGCCCCUGAGAUUGAGUCUCAGCAGUUCUCCUCACACACACACACACACAUUAAGGGUCCACUUACACCACUGAAGGCCGACUUAUUUACUUCAGAGCCAAAUGUGACAGGAAAACGUCGGCAUGUUUGUGAGUGAACGAUUUAUGCGUGUCGAGACACAACAUUGAAAGUUUUAUCUGAAGCAGUAGUUUAACUUUUGACCAUCACACACAACAGCUGUUCUAUGUUAGUUUCUGUUAAAUGCGAAAUCUCAGUGUAGUCUUGCUUCCCGCUGCCUUUAUCAGGACUAUUUUACGUUAGUAGGACAAGCAAAACCGUCCUGAUGCCAAAGUUGUUCACCCUCAUUAUUUGAUAGCGCCUGUAGCACUGCUGAAAACGUUUACACAUCUUCUUCAUACGGCCCGUAUAAGUAUUGUUUACAAACGUAGUUUACAGGCAGCCCCCUUAAAAGUCGUUUACUUCACUUUAUAGCACUAUUUUCUACCCUAGCUCUGCCGUGGCCUUAACGUGUCGAUCAGUAUUAGUGGGCUGGAAUAUUUUGCUGCACAAUGAAAACGUGUGCCAAGGGUUUGUGUGUCUGUGUAAAUGUGCACAUGUGAUCGAUUGUUUGUCCUCUAUCUGUCCACGUUAUUUUAGAAUCUUAAGCAAAGAUCUGCCAACUUUUUAGCCGGUUUAAAAGCAAAGGACCUUCUUUCAUGAAGCACACGCUGGAUGCUGGUAAACAUAUGGACGAACUCGACUGUUGGGUUUAAGUGAACCUAUAUUGGGUUGUUUCAGCACUAAAUUCUGGGUUGAUUUAACACGUGGUUGGGUCAAAAAUUGACAUUUUGACCCAGUAUUUACCAAGACUGCAAAAAUCCAUUAGUAUGCAAAAUCCUGCACUUGUUCUUCAAACCAAUACUGAAAUUGCUGGAUGGAAAAAUGUUGGAUUAUUUAACUCACCAUUGGGUCAAAAUGGAAAAACCCAACUGUUUGGUUAAUUUAUCUCAGCAAAUGGUUUAUUUUUGACCCCACAAUGGGUUAAAACAACCCAGUAUUUUGGAUUGAAACAACCCCUCCAAAAAAAUCUAAAAUCAGCUGGAGCACCAGUAAAAUACCAUUAAAUAAGUUGUCAUAUAAAAUGACAUGUUUUUCUUGUAAAUUUGCAGUCUUUUUUAUGUAUUCCAUUUUGACACCCGAAAAAUCGCUCUGCUUGUGUUUCAUGAAUAAGGCCCAACGGAUUUGUUUUCCAUUAAAACGGUUUCGUAUUGGGAAGUGACAGUUAGUCAGUCAGUCAUUGCCAAAUUUUAUAACCGCUAGCACAAACACAAAAGCACACGCGUUAACACGCAGUAUUAAAACUGAUGACUUGUUUGCUUACUCAGUACUCGGUACCGACCGGUGACCCGUCUCAUAAAUUUGAUGAAAACCGUAUUCGUUCAACCCGUGUGGCAUGUGGAGAUUAUAAUCAUGCAGAGGUUUUAUUAAAUGCCACUUUGUUCGAUUUCAUUUGAUUUGCUUCAUGUAAUAUCGCUGUAAUGGACUAGCUUAAGUAUCUUUACCUCAGCUCAGUAUCGGGGCUUCUGAAACACUGGCGGUUAGUUUUAGUCCACCUUAGUUUUCACGUUCGUCCGGCGCACUUCAUCACAAUCAACUCCGCCGACUUCAGACAAACAGGGUACGUUUUCACGGCCAGCACAAUUUUACCAUACACACGCAUAGAAACACAUUCGUUUGAUGUUUAGUAAAGCACAAGCUCACAGGAGUCUUUGCAGGAGUUCUCGCUGAGACUCGGGACUCAGGGGUUUAACGCACCACACACAUCUGAAACCUGUUUGUUGUUUCUUUGGUUCAUUUCUUUCUCUUAAGUGCUAUUUAACAAUUGUAUUUUGAAGAAAAAAAAUGAUGUGUAGUUUCUUUGCAUUUUGGCUUAUGUCAAGUUUUUUGAAAACAAUGUAUGUGUUUAUCUAACGUGCCGUAACAAAAGCUUGUCGUCUGUAGAUUAAUAUCAUUUCGUUUGAUUCUGAAAAGAUUUAAAUAGUUUUAAGUAUUGUCUUGAGAAAAGCCAAAGUCAAUGCAUUUCAGUGGAUUAUGUAAGCGUGAUACAUGUUUGUUUGACAACACUUUGGAAAUCUGUCAUUGGAUGGGAAUUGAAAAAGUACAAAAAAAGCAGGCUUUCCUAUUUCUAUCACUGAUUGUACUUAUGCCUUUUGUACCAGUGGAACUUUUUAUACUGGCAAUUAAAGGAAAAAAAAACUAUCCGACAGGCUGCGCGGCCCCAGCCCGGGGCCGACAGCAACUGCUUCCCGAGUUUGAUUUCUAAGUUGGCUUCCAGAAUGGGAGGUUUUGAUAUAAAGAUUUUUUAGGAGAACACUUUGGCUUGGUAUCCUUAGCCUCCUCUUCUUUAAUCUUCACGUUGCUUUCCUUUCUCCUUUCGUUGGUUUCUUUUCUCGGAACGAGGGUCGAGGAGUUUUCCAUUUGGCUUAUAAAUACAGUACGUAAUGCGGUUUGUCUUUACAACAGCGGUAAGUUUCAUUUAGUUGAGUAUUGUGCUGUCACCAUGAUAAGACGAUUAGACGAUUUAGAAGUAUUUAGUCACCUUCAGUGGAUAAAUGUAUUAGUUUGACAACGAGAUAAAAGUAAUUUGAGGACUUUGCUUUUAGCUGUUUAGAUUUUUCUGGUUUCUCUGUCUUUGCUGUUAACCUAACUGUGUAGCUGGAACAGUCAGACUUAUUUUUGUAAAUGUAUGUUGUGUGAUGCAGUUUUUUGCCUCUGUCUCCGAUAUUAAACCAUUUUUCCUAAUACUCGUCUCUUUCUCUGUGGCGUGGCGUUCCAGUAUCUGUCCAGUAUGUUGUACGAAUGUUCUGGUGUUUCACGUCUCUUCUCUAUCUCCCGCCUCACUUUUCUCUGUAUCGUUUGUGGUUUCAUUUCUCCAAUAUUUCCUUUCGUUUGCCUUUUAUUUACAUGAGUGCAGUUGAUUUCAGUCCCGUCACCAAACAUGGUAAAUAUACAUAAAGAUCUGUAUAUGUAUAUUUCUGUGCAGCCCAACUUGCUGUAACAGUAGAUGAACAGCCUCUUCGUGCUCUAUUUAGAACGUAACCCAAUGUGAGGCCCUGUUCCUUUGGGACGUAACGUCCGACCUCGAGGAACCGGGAAAUGGUUCACAUCAAGUCCAAAUUGACCCAUUUCCUUAAAGAUUCCACUAGACCGGACGAAAUGCAAUGUACAAACUCAACGAUGUUGGGGUUGAGGACAUGCUGGUAGUAUAAAACCGAAGGUGCUGACUAUAAUGAGGUCACACUGUUCUGUACUGUACUGCUGCUCUGGGCGUAGCCCCCCGUCUGUUCCAGUGUCUGUGUCCCUUCACUGUGUGCUGUCCAUGUCUGCAUCCCUACAGAGAUACCAGAGAGUCCCAAAUCAAUUUACUACCAUUAUAAGAAAACAGCGUUGAUCAUUUAUAUGCUCCAGAAGGUUGGA